AUGGCCUCUCGCGAUCCCUCUCCUGCGGCUUCUGAAGGUGACACCAUUGACGACCAGAACGAAGAUGUCAAGCCCGAUGUAACAGACCUGGACCAGGACAUGGACCAGGAUCAGUCUCAUCUCACCGACGACCACCCGACCACUCGCACCCCGGGAUCCAGCCGCCGAGGUGGCCGUUCAAAGACUGCAAGUGGUCGAAAAGCAAAACCAAGAAAAGGCGCAAGUGCUAUCUGGAUACAAGAACAACCAAAUGAUGCUACCGAAGAUGAGGGAAGUGUGAUCUCCACGUCCUACUCGCGGACCAAGAAAUCCGAAGCCAGCCCCGAAUCCGAGCCCCGUACUGUCGGCACAGCCGUCGGUACAAGGAGGCAAGCCAAUGGCACCGUGGGCUCGGUCUACUCAGGAAGUAAGAUCAGACAUAUUAAGAAACCAGAUGGCACACCAUUAUGGCGAAAAGAGAUACAAUACGAGUUUCUACGGAUUGUCAUUGAGGACACACAACCAGUGUUCACUAGGAUUAGCGAUGGGAAAACUCAGUGCAAUUUUGCCGACAUCUACGUCGACUGCAUGGCCAGGAGCUCCAAAACGAGCAAGAUCCUGAAGGACAGACUCCAGGUCGAUCGAGAAGCCGCUCAAAAUAUGGCCAUGAUAUGUCUGCUGGUUAACGUCGGCCGAAUGAAUACGACCUUGAACUUCUUCCCAGAAAUGAGAGCACAAUUGAGGACCUAUCACUCGAUUCCUUCCUUGCAGGCCUACAAAAGCCAGCGAAACUACAAGUCGCUUCAAGAUGCCCCCAGGCUUAAAAGUAUCUUGAAGGGUGCCAGCGAAGAUACCGACGAACCUCGAACCAUCCCUGCCAUCAUGGCCAAGUCAAUCCCGCGCACAAAUCCCGUUAACCUCAUAUUUGUACUCUCUCAGUUUGCUCCUAAGGUCAGCGAAACGCACUUUACGGACAAAGUUGAUUUCUUUGACAUGGCUAUGCGCCAUACCAUUUCCUCAGCGAGCAGAGCAAGAGCAUUCUUGUGGUUGAUGUGGUGGUACCUUGAGUCCAAUUUCACAAAAGAGGACGGCCUCAACAACCCCUUCGGACCUGGCGAGUACAAAGAAGAUGAGGACCCCGACGAUCCUGAUACAGUUCCUCAACUGGUACCCAAAUUGAUCAACAUCACACCCGAGGAGGGCGAUGCAGAGAACGUAGAUCCAGAAGAAGAAGUCAAAUUUGCUGACAAGAUGACCAAGGAGCGAAAGCGUAUCAUGGAAGAGGUCGCCAGUGAACCGCCAUUAGUCAUGGCAGAUCCAGGCAAUCCUGACCACAAGCUCUUGAAACGCUUGAAGAAGGGCGCUUUUUAUGGUGGCGAUGAGGAUUCGUUAAUGUCGGAUACCGACUCCAGAGCAAGCCCCGGUAUCGGACGGUCACCAAUUCCUGACCUUAGACCACACGGUCACAUCAUGAGCGCUCUAGGUGGCCAGGCUGACAGUCUUGAUGACGAUUGGGAUGUUGUUGAUCCACAUCCUGGACGAGGUCGCUACAAGCGG